AUGACACAAGAAGACACAAUCAUACUAACGCGAGAGAGACGGCCAGACCUAACAGGCACCCACCCAGAACCAGCAUCCACAACCCUCGCAGGCACAACGCACAUCCUCCCCAUCAAGACGAGCUACUACACCGCCGACGUGCCCAUCUGGCUAGACCUCGUCGCCUCCCCGGCCGAAUGGUCCGCGUCUUUCCUCUCGCCCGAGGCCAAGGAGGUACUUACCGUGCUGGGCGGUUUGGCCGUUGUUUUUGCCCUGCCUUCUUCUUCUUCUUCUUCUUCGUCUUCUUCUCCUGCCUCCGCGGCCCCGGCUUCGACAGCAGCACCAUCACCAGCGUCAGCAGAUGCCACCGCCACCGCCACCGCCACGCCAGCACCGAAUCCGCCUUCGGUAGAAGACACCCGCGCGCUCAUCGCCGAGGUCGGGAAGGUCGUUCGCGAGGGGCUCGGCGGGUGGGGAUGGGACGGCGUUGGGUUGGGCAUCGGGGUCGGGGAGGGCGUGGCGGACGAGUGGGAGGAUCUUUGCGCGGAAUGGGGGCUUGAGUUUGUGCAGGUUCGUGGGGGGAAGAAGGAUGAUGGCCGGAACGAGUUGGGAGAGAAAAUGGGCAUAGCAAGAGUCCUCGAGGCACUCGAAUCCAACGACUGGGACGCCGCAGACGACAUGGACGGGCCAUCAGACCUCGACUCGGACGACGACGCCGCCGGCAAUCUACCCAGGAAACCCAGAGCCCUAGCAGAUGGAAACGGCAGCGACGACGGCGACGACGAUGAAUUCGACCUCGACGACCCAGAGAACCUAGAUUUCGGCUUCGACAGAGCGGAUUUCGAAGGCUUGAAGAAGGCGAUUUGGAACCUUGAGCAGGAGCCGGAAGAUGAGGACGUUGCAGGAGAGGGAGCGGGAACGGGGAAGACGGCGGCUGGUGUUGGUGGUGGUGGUGGUGUUGGUGGUGGUGAUGGCAAGGUAGCAAGUGAAAGUAACGGCGCUGCUGUCGAGAAAUCUGACGCGAAGAAGAAGAAACGUGACGAAGAAAAGGAGGACCUGGACGCCGAGGACGUGGAGAAGAUUGAGCAGAUGAUGCGCAAGCUGCAGGCUGUAAGGGACCUUAGCGCGGGUCUGCCUGAAGACCAGAGGCGGAGGAUGGCGAAGAAGGCUGUUGGGGAGGUGAUGAAGGAGCUUUGA